AGGAAAACGUAAUUAUCCAUGUCGCUGCCAAGGUUUAUGGGAAAGAACGGCUCAAAACUGGCAAAUGAUCUUAGUUCACCAGGCUCAGCUAAUGUUCCUAAACAUGUUGUGAUAGUUAUGGAUGGCCUAAAGGAAUUCACCACAGAGCUGCUAGAAUGGGUGCUUGAAAAAAUUAUAGCACCCGGUCACAUAGACAUAGUCACCCUCCUUGGUUUCAUGCCAUGGUUGAAUAUUCCUUGUGGUGCCACAGAAAGAAAUUGUAAUGGGGUAUCCCCUACCAUCGCUCGUUGUCGAAAGAAUCAUAAGUCUUCGCAGCAACAUGGGUUGUUUUUGACAGGAAAUUCUUUGCUGAAAAAUACCCUGCAAUAUGGUAAUGAUAAUCAGGAAGGGGAAAUGGAUAUGAUCAAAGGGUGUCCCAUAAUUGAUAAUGGAAAGCGCACUCCUAGUGAAUCCCCAGCCUCAUUGGUGCCUAAUCCACUGGUGAUAUAUUCUGAACCUUUGAAACGAAUCCUGGAGGAGCAAGAGCUAGAGAUAGACGAUGAUGAUUAG